UAGUUAUGCUUUGACAUAUAUAUACCCCUCAUUUUAACGGAAGAACAUGUGUCAUCAUCCUAUUGACCUAUAUUUAAGUCUCCCCUAAUUAAUUAAAAUCCAACCCAUAAUUAGAUAUCCAAUUAAAAGACCCAUAUUCAAGUUCAAAAGCAUCAAACACCUUCAAGUUCCCGAAUGCCUGAUCUCCACUGCCACUUGCUGAUGACCCCGUACAUUGAUUAUGGCUAAGACUCAAGUACUCGACCGACGCAGUACAAACUCUGGAUCUAAAGUACCAUCAAGCAUAUUUCGAUGCACGUCAAGAACUUCAAGGAACCAUUUUCUAGACGCAACAUUCAGCCAUGCGCUUAACCAUCAGCCGAUGAUUCAAACUCCUAAAAAUUUCCCUCUGCUUUCAGCAGGAUUUCAUGAUUGGGGAAUGGGCCAUCAACCAACAAGAAGACUUCUCAAACAACUUGAACUAUCACAAGCAAUUGCAAUGAAGAAAUACUCAAGCUACAUACAUGCAUACAAUCCUCUUUAAGUUUCACCAAAAUACAAGAGUUUUUUUAAUGAUAAAGUAUACAUGCUCUCACCAAAUUUCAUAAAAGAACCUGCACGUGGAGUUGGCCAUUUUGUAAUUAUUACUCUCCCCUUAUGAUUAUCUAUUGCGAGGUGAGGUGAGGUAAUGUCCUAUUUCUUA